AUAGCCUAUUGUUGCCGAAUCUACCGAUUUUUCUAUCGAAAUGAGACCUUAUUUUUGAGUUGUUGAUUCUCGUUACCCUCUCGACCCUACCUGUGUGCUCAAACAGUGAAGCCUAAAUGCGAUUUAAACGCUUUUAUUUGGACAUAAACUAGUUCUGCACUGUACUGGUUUCGACUUGUUAGAAAUCUAGGCAUUUCAAGGCGCCACCGUACACGAAUAACGCAGAUUACCUCAGUUUAAAGCAGUUCUUAGUGUAUAGUGAUCGAGUUUGCGCAACGUAAACAAAUUAAAUAUGAGUUCUAGAAGGAAAAAAAUUUUUGAUCUUCUGGCCAGGCACUGUGAUGAUACCAAUCAUGACAAACUAACAGUAUCUGCAAGACCAGAAAAAAUAGACGCCCAAUAUUUGAUGAAUACAGCAAAUCUUAUGCCGCCUGAUUUACUCUCUAAGGAAACGGCUGCUUUUAACAAGAGCGAUAAUGCAUUUUGCAGUAUGAACCUCGAAAAUAUAAAAUCAGUUUUGAGUAUUGAAUCCAAUAAAGUUACACCGAUUGUGGCCGAUAAAGGAGACGCAAAUGCUAGUGAAGAAGUAAGAAGUGUUCUCGAAAAAAUCAUAGAUGUAAUAGAAACUGACCAAUUGGACCCUGAAAAAUGUGGCAAACGGAAAAAUAUUGUCGAAGAGGAUCUGUAUUUAUCAUCGGACACGGAUCCUUUCCAAACUGAUGAUGAAGAAAACGACCCUAAUUUUAAUCCACAAGAAAGCAGAAAGAAGAGAAAAAACUUUAAUUUUGAAAACAAUUAUCAAGAAACUGAUACAAGUUCUAACACAGAUGAAAAGAAUAAAAAUGCUAGAAAAAUAUCUAAAAAAAAGCUAAGAAGAGAACAUACUUGGAAAAGAAACAUAAUUAAGUCAUCGAGAAGUCAAGGAAAGAAAUACACCAACUGGAAAGGAAAAAAACAAUUAGCAAGAAAAAUGAAAACAUCAUGUGAAGAGAAAUGUAGAAUGAAGUGUCUAAAUAAAAUGAGUGAAGAAGAAAGACAUAAAAUAUUUACUGAAUAUUGGGGAUUAGGAGAUGUCAACCGCCAACGUGAUUUUAUAUCCAAAUAUGUUACAGUAGUUUCUAAAGCUAGAACUAGAAUUCGUAAAAAGAAUAAGCAUCAUCCCGCUGAAUUACCAGAAAAGAAUGACAAUACAUUCUUAGAACUGUCUAAUGAUAAAAACAGUAGAAGAAACAGUACUUUUACAUACUCUCUUCCCAAAAAUGAAAACAAUAAGGUGCAAAUAUGUAAAACUUUUUUUCUAAAUACACUGUCAAUCAGUGCACAGGUAGUCAAAACCGUUAUGAACAAAACUGGAACUUCAGGUAUUGUUUCCGAAGAUAGACGAGGAAAAGCUUGCAAAAACACUCUUAUUGACGAGUCUACUAAACAAAAUGUUAGGGAUCACAUAAACUUAUUUGAAACAAUUGAAAGUCAUUACUGCAGACAAAAGACCAGUCGUAAAUAUUUACCCCCAACAUUUAACGUAAGCAAGAUGUAUACCAUGUACCUGGAGUAUUGUCAGGAAAAGAAUAUUAGGAAAACAGUAACUGAAGCAAUGUAUAGAACAAUCUUCAAUAGAGAUUUUAAUCUAUCCUUCUUUCAGCCCAAAAAGGAUCUCUGCGAUAUUUGCCACAACUACGAUAAUAGUUCUCUUGAAGAAAAAUUAGAGUUGGAAGAAGAUUAUCGCAUCCAUAUCCUAAAUAAAAAUAGGGCAAGAGAAAUCAAACAGUUUGAGAAACAAAGAGCAGCUGAGAAUAGCAGUGAGGUUUGUUGCGCUGUCUUUGACUUGCAACAAGUGUUGCCAGUUCCCAAAUCUAAUGUUGGCCUGUCCUAUUACAAAUUAAAAUUAUCAACUUACAACUUUACUGUGUACAACCCAGCAACAAAAGAGUGCAAUUGUUACAUGUGGAAUGAGGUAGUCGGAAACAGAGGUGCCUCUGAGAUUGGAAGUUGUUUACUUUUGUACAUUAUCAGCCAAGUAGAACAAGGAAUAAGAGAAUUUAGCUUCUUUUCUGACAACUGUAGCGGUCAAAACCGCAACAGAUUUUUGUACUCUUUGUACAGCUAUUUAUCGCAAAAAUAUCAAAUAAAAAUAAAACAUACCUACUUAGAAAAAGGCCACACUCAAAGUGAAGGCGAUUGCGUACAUAGCGUAAUAGAAAGAGCUGCUCGAAAUAUACCUAUAUACACACCAGAUCAGUGGUAUACGGUUGUAAGGACAGCUAAAAGAAAGGAUCCUUACAAAGUAGUUGAGCUUGCACAGGAAAAUAUAUAUGAUUUAAAAGAUCUUGAAAAAAAGACGUGUAUUAACUGGGAAAGAGAUGAAGAAAACGAAAGAGUGUUUUUAAAUAAAAUAAAAAUAGUUGAAGCUGAUCCACGUUUCCCUAACACUUUACUUUUUAAAGUUAAUUACGACUCUACCUACAAGAAAUUAAAGCUCACAGAAAAAGGAAGAAAAAAAAUAGAUGUCGAGAUAGCCUCACUAAAACUAAAACCAUGCUACGAAAAGGAAAUUUCUUUGAAAAAACUGAAGUAUGAUCAUCUUCAGUUUCUUUGCCGUAAAGGAGCAAUUUUAGCGCCUUACCAUAAAACUCAAGCUCAGUUCCAUUUGUUAAGGAAUUUGGGCUCAGCUACUUAA